UGUGUUCCGGCCACCGGCCACCCGCACGGCUGCUCCCACCGGCUGGGCCGAGGCGCUGGACAUGGAUGCUGAGGAUGACCCCUUGUUGCAAGACGCUUGGCUCGAGGAGGAGGAGGAGGAGGAGGUUGCCUUUGGCCCCCGGAAGAGGAGUGAGGGUCCCCAGCUGUGUGGCAAAUGCCAGUGGAAUCCCAGGCCACUGCCAACAAUGCUGUCGGUGUCUGGCUUUUGGAACGUGCUUGGCUGGAUCUUCACCAACCCAUGCUGCGCCAGUGUUAUCCUCUUCCUGGGCUGUGCCAUCCCCGCUGCCCUGGCCAUCGUCAUGUUCCUACACUACCCUACCCUGGAUAUCGACAUCUCCUACAACGCCUUUGAGAUCAGGAACCACGAGUCCUCGCAGCGCUUCGAUGCGCUCACCCUGGCCCUCAAGUCCCAGUUCGGCUCGUGGGGCCGGAACCGCAGGGACCUGGCCGAUUUCACAUCGGAGACCCUGCAGAGGCUGCUCUUUGAGCAGCUGCAGCAGCUCCACCCCAACGACUCUCGGCUGGGCAGUGGGGCCAGACCAAAGCGCAGUGCGGCGCUUCCCACGGGAGGAGAGAGGACUAGCCCUGCUGGGCUCGAGGCCUGGCGGAGCCCAGUGAACCAAACCUCCCGCCUCGCCCGGGGCGCUCCGCACUGGGACUACUCCAGCACCUACGUCAGCGCCAACACCCAGACACACGCCCACUGGCGCAUCGAACUCAUUUUCCUGGCCCGAGGGGACGCCGAGAACAACAUCUUCACCUCCGAGCGCCUGCUUACCAUCCAUGAGAUAGAGCGGAAGAUCAUGGACCACCCCCGCUUCCGGGAGUUCUGCUGGAAGCCCCAUGAGGUCCUGAAGGAUCUUCCUUUGGGCUCCUACUCCUACUGCUCCCCUCCCAGCUCCCUCAUGACAUACUUCUUCCCCACCGAACGAGGAGGCAAGAUCUACUACGAUGGCAUGGGGCAGGACCUGGCUGACAUCCAAGGGUCCCUGGAGUUGGCCAUGACCCACCCCGAGUUCUACUGGUAUGUGGAUGAGGGGCUGUCGGCAGAGAACAUGAAGAGCUCCCUCCUCCGCAGCGAGAUCCUUUUCGGGGCCCCCCUGCCCAACUAUUACUCAGUGGAGGACAGGUGGGACGAGCAGCGCAGCAAGUUCCAGAGCUUCGUGGUCACCUAUGUGGCCAUGCUGGCCAAGCAGUCCACCAGCAAAGUGCAGGUGCUGUACGGUGGGACGGAUUUAUUUGACUAUGAAGUGAGGAGGACUUUCAGUAACGACAUGCUGCUGGCCUUUAUCAGCAGUAGCUGCAUAGCGGUCUUGGUCUAUAUCCUCACCUCUUGCUCAGUGUUCCUGUCUUUCUUUGGCCUGGCCAGCAUCGGGCUGAGCUGCCUGGUGGCGCUGUUCCUGUACCACGUGGUGUUCGGGGUCCAGUACCUGGGCAUCCUCAAUGGCGUGGCUGCCUUUGUCAUCGUGGGGAUCGGUGUCGAUGACGUCUUUGUCUUCAUAAACACCUACCGCCAAGCCACCCACCUGAAGGACCUGCAGCUGCGCAUGAUCCACACCAUCCAGACGGCAGGAAAGGCCACCUUCUUCACCUCCUUGACCACGGCCGCGGCCUACGCCGCCAACAUCUUCUCGCAGAUCCCGGCCGUGCACGACUUUGGUCUCUUCAUGUCACUGAUUGUGUCCUGCUGCUGGGUGGCCGUGCUGUUCACCAUGCCAGCUGCUCUUGGAAUAUGGACCCUCUACGUGUCUCCACUGGAAAGCUCCUGUCAGACCAGCUGCAGUCAGAAGUGUGGGAAGACGAGCACCUUGCCCAUUGCUGAUGACCUGUUACUCGCCUCCGAGGACGCUGCCAGUCCAGGCCAGGGGCCGCUCUCAUACCUCGAUGAUGACAUCCCACUGCUCAGCGUGGAGGAGGAGCCAGUGGCUCUGGAAAUGGGGGAUGUGCCCUUGGCUUCGGCGCUGCUGGAGAACUUGCAGCUUCCGGCCGAGAAGGUCAGGAAGGGUCACUUGAUCGCCCAUCUGCAGGAGCUCCUCCAGCACUGGGCGCUGUGGUCUGCGGGGAGGAGCAGAUGGGUGAUUGUGGGGCUCUUUGUCAUGGUCCUGAUCCUCUCCAUAUUCUUCGCUAGCCGCCUCCGCCCAGCUAGCCGCGCUCCUCUCCUGUUCCGGCCCGACACCAACAUCCAGGUGCUCCUGGACCUCAAGUACAACCUGAGUGCCGAGGGCAUCUCCUGCGUCACCUGCUCAGGUUUGUUUCAGGAAAAGCCCCACAAUCUGCAGAGCAAUAUCCGAACCUCCUUGGAGAAGAAGAAACGGGGCUCGGGGCCCCCUUGGGGGAGCAGAGGGGGCAUGGCUGAUGCUGUGCAGCAGGAUCCCCAGGGGACUGUGUAUAUCUCCAAGUCCAAAGGCCAGGGCAGGCCAACCAUCUACAGGUUCUCCCUCAACGCCAGCGUUCCUGCCUCGUGGCAGAUGGUGUCCCCGGGAGAUGGGGAAGUUCCCUCGUUCCAGGUGUAUAGAGUUCCUUUCGGUAACUUCACCAAGAAGCUGACAGCUUGUGUGUCCACAGUAGGGCUGCUUCAGCAGAUGAGCCCCCGGAAAUGGAUGAUGACCACCUUAUCCUGCAAUGCCAAGAGAGGCUGGAAGUUCGACUUCAGUUUCUACGUCGCGGCCAAGGAGCAGCAGCGAACGAGGAAGCUGUAUUUCGCCCAGUCGCACAAGCCCCCUUACCAUGGCCGAGUGUGCAUAGCACCCCCUGGCUGUCUUCUCAGCUCUAGCCCGGACGGACCCAACAAAGGCUUCCUCUACGUGCCCAGCGAGAAGGCGUCCCCCAAGGCGAAGCUCUCGGCCACCUCGGGCUUUAACCCAUGUGGGAAUGCCGGCUGUGGGAAGCCGGCAGUGCGGCCACUGGUGGACACGGGGGCCAUGGUGUUUGUGGUGUUCGGCAUCCGCGGGGUGAAUCACACCCGACACCCGGAUAACCACGUCAUCGGAGACAUGGGCAGCGUUAUCUACGAUGACAGCUUUGACCUCUUCAAAGAGAUUGGCAACCUGUGCCUCAUCUGCAAGGCCAUUGCCGGCAAUGCUGAACUGGUGAAGCCAGGAGGGGCCCAGUGCCUGCCCUCAGGCUACAGCAUCUCCUCCUUUCUGCAGAUGCUGCACCCUGAGUGUAAGAACCUCCCUGAGCCGAACCUGCUCCCCGGGCAGCUCUCCCACGGGGCGGUGGGGGUGAAGGAUGGCAAGGUGCAGUGGAUCUCCAUGGCUUUUGAAUCGACGACCUACAAGGGCAAGUCUUCCUUCCAGACCUACUCCGACUACCUGAAGUGGGAGACUUUCUUGCAGCAGCAGCUCCAGCUCUUCCCUGACAGCUCCGCUCUCCGGCAUGGGUUCCAGACCUGCGAGCACUGGAAGCAAAUCUUCAUGGAGAUCAUAGGUGUGCAGAGCGCCCUGUACGGUCUCCUCCUCUCGCUGGUUAUCUGCGUGGCUGCAGUCGCCGUGUUCACCACCCACCUUCUCCUCCUGCUGCCCGUGCUGCUCAGCAUUUUAGGGGUCGUCUGCCUGGUGGUGACCAUCAUGUACUGGUCCGGCUGGGAAAUGGGAGCCGUGGAGGCGAUUUCUCUCUCCAUCCUUGUCGGCUCCUCCGUCGAUUACUGCGUGCACCUGGUGGAGGGCUACCUGCUGGCAGGGGAGAACUUGCCCCUUCAGCAGGCUGAAGACGCCACCUCCUGCCGCCAGUGGAGGACGAUCGAAGCUGUCCGGCACGUGGGCGUGGCCAUCGUCUCCAGCGCUGUCACCACGGUGAUCGCCACUGUCCCGCUCUUCUUCUGCAUCAUCGCCCCCUUUGCCAAAUUCGGGAAGAUCGUGGCCCUCAACACGGGCGUCUCCAUCCUGUACACCCUGACUGUGAGCACUGCCCUGCUGGGCGUCCUGGGGCCUAGCACCUUCACCCGCAGCAGGACUUCCUUCCUCAAGGCUCUGGUGGGGGUUCUCCUGGCCGGCAUCCUGGGGCUGUGCGUCUGCCUGGCCCUGCUCCAGAGUGGUGUGAAGAUCCCCCUCCCCAAUGGGACAUCCCUGUAGUCCCCACGCCGGGCUGCCUCCGUCUCUCUUUCUCCCUAUUUUUUUAAAAGGAUAUUUUUUUGUAAAAAUGAAAAAAAAAAUCCCUUUUUCCAGAUGUUUUUUCAACUCCAGAGGCACUUUAUUUUCUACUGGGUUUUGCUCUAAACUCGUAUUUAUUUUGGCGGUGAUAGAUGGACAGACUGACAGUGUACCAGGGCCUCAGUAACUCACGGCCUCCUCCUCCUUGUUCAUUAAUGAAGGGAGGGUUCGGAGACCCUGGCACCCACCCCCUGUGGGACAUCCCUGUGAAGUACGUGCCACCACAGACAUUCCGCUUAGGCCUUCAAAAUAGGACUUAAGGGAGAGGCAGGCCUUGGGAGUUUCAUCUCCUGGGCCUGAUCCUUGGUUGGGGUAAUCUGUCUGCUGAUUUACGCCCGUGGAGGGUUGAGGGUUUUUUUGGGGCACUGGAGAAAGUCCGUUGAGGCUGUCCAAGGGUCAGUGAUUCCCAAGGAAACUCCUGCUGCCACUGGUCUGUGCCCCAGCUUGUGGGGAUCUAGAGUGUGGACUGUCGUGGGAGUUCUUGGCUGAACUUGCUUGUUGCUUUGGGGUUAUGCCUGUCUGGUUUGGCUGAUGCAACUGCUGAUGUGUCCUUUUCGGGUGCAGUCCCAGGCCGAGAGCUCAGCGGGGUUUAGGGGUCCCUUUUCCUGAGCGUGUUGUGUGCUGGGAAUGCGUUUGCCUGAUACUUUAUGGGCACAUUCUCCUGCCCUGGCACUAAGGUGAAGCCCUAAGGUACAAGCAGGCACCUCUGUGCCCCAGGUUCAUUUUGUCAAGUGAGCUGCUCCAGGGGGCACUGGCAUGGGGUCGGCGGCAGGUAGUAUCUUCCCCUCUUCACUGGGGGCACUGCGGAGCUCGCCUCCACUGUUCUGAACCCAGCUCUAACGGACGGGCCGGUGCUCCCCUCUCCCUCCUGGGGCAGGGACCCUCCACAACUGUGCAGUUAGUGCGUGGGCAUAUUUACAGUCAGCAAUGCAGCCACUGCUCUGUCUGUCUCCCAUCCCAGCAGCCGGGCUAAGGCAGUAACAGCAGCCAGCACCCACGGUUCCUACCACUCAUCCCCUGUGUCUCGGCAUGUGUAACACCUUCCCCUGCCACCGCCCCUGGGAAGAGAACCCUGGGCAUUCAACCCUACCGCACAGACCUCUGCCACUGGCAGCAAAGAUGCACAUAGCCCUCGUCCCAUUGAUAAACGGGUGGGGGGCUCAUCUUAUGUGCUUUGGUGCUGCUGCUGGCUUGGAGCAGAUGGUUUAUAUUAAAGUAGAAUGAAAUUGCAAAGUGGUGCCAUUAUCGAGUACAUUUUAGGCAUCGCUGAUUCCAUCAUACUCUUAAAAUGGAAAUAACGAAGUGUGGGCAUUGCUAUGUGGCACAUCUGGUCCCCGGCAGAAGGGGCGUGGGACAGCCCAGUGGGAUCAGCAUUAAACAUUAUUUACCAGGAGACGCGGCAGCAGGAGUGGGGCUGGGAUCAUCAUUUGUUUGCAGAUCCUGAAUCCCCAGUGGAUUCGGGUUUGCUAUCUGGAUUGAACGGCCCCUUUUAAAACAUGUAAGCGCCUAGUGGGAUUCGAUCUCUCCAUCCCCCUUUUGCUGCCUGGGCUGGUGACCACAUCACUGAGGUCAGCAGCUCCUUCUGCUCGGGUUAGUGUCCCCAGCUCAGGUCCCUGGCGGAGUCCAUGGUAAAUUCACUUUGUGCAUUUAUUGGUGCCUUUUGAGGUGCAGGAUUUUCGCUGGGCAACCGGAUUUAGGACCAGACCUUACCAAGGUGUUUGGCUUCUGUUGGCUUGAAUGAGAGCUGGGGGAGGGCUCAGCGCUCCUCUCCUUGCAGGAGUGGGCCCUUCAUCCCUUUCACUCCCUGUAAAUUCAGCUACCAGAUUGUCUCUUGUGCCGCUUAGGAGGGACCUGCAUGCUGAGAGGUAGCCCAGCUCUGAACGCAGCCUGUCAGUGGUCCUGAGGCCAGGGGAAGUUAGGAGCAACUCUACUGCCGACAGAGAAGUCACGCUGGUGUGAGAGCAGAAUCAGGCCCAGGGUUUUCCUUUUGUCCCUUCCUGCCACAGCUGCUUUGGCAUUCGAUGAAUCCUGGGCCCAUUAGUCAUUCCCCAUUAGCUCAGACUGCAGCGGGGGCAGGUUUUGUGUCUCUGACCUGCACUUCUCCAUGGGCCUGCAGAGCCCUACUUCCCCUGAUUUCCAAGCACCAGCUUGCUCUGAUGUCCCAACAUCGAGAUGAAUUAGGCGGGGCACUUGGUUUCACUGAGCACUGGUGGCUGGGGUACAGGGUGUGUGCCUGUGACACUGGCAGAGAGUGAGUGUAGAUGGAACCGAACAGCAUCACCAAAGCGAUGGCGGGUCUGACAGCAGGACUAGAACUGAGGAAAUGCUUCAGCCUCCUGAGGCUGAUUAAAGCCGCUGUUUGUUUGUUUCCAAGUCAACAGACGGAGAAGAGGAAAGGGGCCUGUGUGUGUGUGUGUGUAAUUGAGAGAGAGAGAAAGAGAAACAGAGAGCCCCUGGAGAGUCACUCCCGCUGUGUGUGCUGGGAAGGAUUGGAGUGUCUGGGUUAGGACAGAGAUUUGUCUAGCCCUGCAAAGUGCUCAUUAGAGCGAAUGCGAGCCCAGGGGAUUCUUUAUUUUUUUUGCUGCAUAUACAAAGAUUUCUGGUGUAAGUCCUUCCCCCUCCAGGUGAGGGGACCGGGAACUGCAUGCUGGGAUCGCCAGCUCAGCCACUCCAGGGAGGCAAAACAAAGCAGCUGGAAAGUUUUUAUAUCUCUUGAGGACACAUGGCAAACCCCCCAGGGCAACCCAGCACCUCACCAGAUUGAACCAACUCCCACUGUUGUUUGGGAGUUGGAAGCCACUCAGGACCUGGCAGGACUAGGGGCUGUCCAUAAAUUAUGCAAUGCAUUAGGGGUGGGUGGGUAGGCACUUAACUUUGUGGGUUUGUUUCAGUGUCACAAAGGGCAGGCAGGUCUUGAAAAUGACCAAAACGAUGUGUGUAAUUAAUUUAUGGACAGCUCCUUGGGGCUCUCCUCCUGAGUUCUGGGGCCUGGCUGCAGAAAGGUUCCCAUUGUUUCUUUCUCCCCAUCCCAGC